AUGAUGGCCUCUUUUUCGUCAUACACCAAGCUCGGGCAGGGAGAGGACAGCACUGAGGGUAAGAAAAUCUGGCCCAAGCAACAUCUGGCCCGUGGAAAGCUGCACCUCACGUAUGGUCUCCUGUUGGUCUUCGUGGCUGGCGUCAGCAAUUGCUUGCCACCAAUUCUCAUGACACGGCCCGUCUACUUCGGAGCCGAGCCACUCAGGUCGGAGAUUCGUCUGAAAACGUCUACACGAGUCUUCCAGCAAGACUACGCCUACGCGAUGCCACCUUCCCCCGAGGUCGAUGCUGCGUGGUCUUCCCUUCUCCCGCAAAACGGCGGCUUCUUCACGCACCCGACACUUGCGCCAACGGAGAGCUGCGUGGCGGUUUUCCAUCAAAUUCACUGCCUGGAUAUGCUGCGCAAAGCACUUUACGAGGUACGUAAUAAUACAACGGAACAUCGAGGGCACGAGAAGAUGGACACGGAUUCCAGCAACGAAAAGAUUUAUGCAAGCGAGGCGGAGGAGCUCAAUGCAUCGCACGACAUGGAUCAUCUCGGACACUGCUUUGACCUCCUGCGUCAAGUUAUAAUGUGCAGACCUGAUCUCACGAUUGAGGUUGCCAACGUCGUAGUGGACGGCGUUACGGGUUUCGACACGGAACAUCAGUGUAUUGACUGGUCGGAGUUGAUGGACUGGAUGAAAAAGAACGAAUGA